UUAUGGCUUGAUUAUUUUUAUCCAAGAAUAUUUUUGUAUUUUUGGAAUCAGCUGUAAUAUUUUCUGUGAUAAAUAUUUGUGAUAGCAUAAGUAUUUAUUGUAAUUUUACCACGAUUUUGUCUCCUCUAUAAGAAUGAAUCCUGCCAGGAGCAAAGGACUUAAUAAGUCCGGAAUGCCUAGAAGGCAAAAUAUAAGGUUUGGUGUAAAUAAGGGCAGGAAAAACCCAAAUUUAUGUAUUGAUGAACAUAUACAGGAAGCAACACCGGAACACCUGAGAAUCGAAAUUGAUAAUAUCUUCAGAGAGUUUUUGGACGAUUCUGAGAAAACUGAAUAUAUAUUUCCAACGGAUUUAAAUAAUUUACAAAGAAAGUAUAUUCAUUAUAAGGCCCAAAUUAUGAAUCUCUCUUCAAAGUCUCAUGGUAAGGAGCCUAACAGGCAACUACAUUUGAAGAAGUUACCUAAACAGAUUGCCAGUCAGUCAAUUCAGGUGUAUCCUUGUGAUGAAAUUAUGCAAGUACUAGAAGAUUUUAAAAAGAAAUAUGAUAGCUUGGAACUACAACCUGAAAACCCAAGAUCAGUAAAAAGAUUUGAAAAAGUAUAUGGCAGACUGCAAGAUUCCGAUCCUCUAGUACCAAAACUAGGUCAUGUCGAUAAGGAAAUUCAAAUUGCUAGAAAAAACUUACCGAUAUUCGAAAAGAGACAGGAAGUUUUGGAUACCAUCGACCAUAAUCAAGUUGUAAUCAUAUCAUCUGAAACUGGAUCUGGUAAAACCACUCAGAUUCCACAGUAUAUUAUGGAGGAUUGCGUGUAUAAGAACAAACCUUGUAAAAUUGUUUGUACGCAACCUAGGAGGAUAUCUACUUUAGCUGCUGCGGAGAGGGUUGCAUAUGAAAGGGGUGAAAAAGUUGGCGGAAGUGUGGGAUAUCAUAUUAGAUUGGAAUCAAAUUGUGGACAUCACACUAACUUGCUGUACUGUACUGUAGGAGUGUUUCUAAGGAACUUAAUGUGUGGAAACAAGUGUUUGAAGUACAUCACUCACGUGAUAGUUGAUGAAAUUCACGAGCGCGACAAACUGAGUGAUUUUCUGUUGAUUUGUCUGCGCCAAAAUUUGGUUUUGGCUCCUCAUAUCAAAAUUAUUUUGAUGUCUGCUACAGUGGAUACGUCAAAAUUUCAACAAUAUUUUAAAACAAGCGCUGUAUUAUCUAUCCCAGGCCGCUUGUACCCCAUUCAGGCUUAUUUUCUCGAAGAUAUUUUAUCGAUGACCAAGUUUUUUACCCCUCAAAUGCGAGUCGCCAUGAACAAGUGUCAACAAAAACAAAUAUCAGGCAACAACUCGGAAGAUUCGAAGAAGGAAGAGCUGUCUGAAGAUGACCAGAGGAAUUUUAACUAUGUUUUGGAGACCUACAUGAAUUACAGUGGAAACUAUGAUUAUACACUGCAUUACGAUGAAGCAACUGCAGACCUCCUGCAACUCUUUAUAUCCGAAAACGUUUCCGUGGAUCAGAAACACUCAGAAAAAGGUUGGACAGCCUUGAUGGUCGCCAGCCAUCUCGGUGACAUGGAAUUCGUUAGUAAAUUAUGCACAAUGGGGGCAAAAUUAGAAAUUUCUGAUGAUCUAGGAAGAACAGCUUACGAUUAUGCAAGAGCUGCUAACAAAAUGAACGUUUUGAAGUUACUAGAUUAUGUAAAGGAACAAAAUAUUAACGAAAAGUCGUCUGACACUAAUGAUAACCAGUAUUUGAAGCAAUUAUAUGAUAUGACAACUCCUGAUGACUUUAUAGACUAUGAUCUGAUAGUAGCUUUAAUUAAGUUUAUUCACGUCAACUGUGACAGUGGAUCUAUUUUAGUAUUUCUACCAGGUUAUGAUGAGAUAAUGCAAUGCAACGACCACAUAGUCGACUCGGACAUAAACAGCAGUUCUUACAGGAUAUUUUUCCUGCACAGCAGCAUGAACAUGAAAGACCAAUGCGACGUAUUCAAAAAGCUACCUUACCAGAGAAAAAUCAUAUUGAGCACGAACAUUGCCGAAACCAGCAUUACCAUCGAAGAUGUUGUCUUUGUCAUAGACAUAGGCAAAGCAAAAGAAAAAGUUUACGAUUCUUACAACAAACUUUCGGCGUUGCAAACCCAGUGGAUUUCGCGAGCAUGCGCUAAACAACGAGAAGGUAGAGCUGGGAGAGUUAGACCAGGGUGUUGCUUUAAAUUGUAUUCUAAUCAAAGACAUACCCAUAUGGCUGACGAAAGGGUUCCCGAAAUAUUAAGAGUGUCUUUAGAGGAAUUAUGCUUAAAUGCUAAAAUCAUAGCUCACAAUACAAUGAAUAUUUACAAUUUCCUGAGUUUGGCACCCGAUCCACCAACAUCAAAUUCGAUUUCUGCUGCGAUAGAGAAUUUACAGUCUCUUGGUGCUUUAGACAAAGAAGAGGAACUGACCAAAUUAGGAGAAUACCUGGCACAAUUAACUUUGGAACCUAGGUUAGGUAAAAUGCUGAUAUACGGAUGCAUUUUUAAAUGUUUAGAGCCAAUGUUAACUAUGGCUGCAGCAAUGGCGCACAAAGAUCCGUUUCAACUGCCACCACAAGCAAAUUUGAAGGUAGCUGCGGCUGCUAAAAGACGCGAAUUGAUUGGAAGUGUUAUGAGUGAUCACAUUGUAUAUUUAAAAGUUUUUGAGCGUUGGCAGAACGAAACAGCUAACGGCAAUGCAAAAAAGUUUUGUCAUGAAUAUUUUAUAUCUGAGUCUACAAUGUUCUCAGUUUUGGAAACUAGAAGACAACUUCUAGGACAACUUCGUGCUGUUGGCUUUGUUAAUAACGCCCAUUCUUUGGAUGAAUAUAACAUAAAUAAUAAUUCCUGGGGUCUAGUCAAGGCUAUAAUGGGUGCGGCACUGUUCCCCAAUGUCGCGUUUCCCACCAAAAAGGGACUGGUUUUGAGUACAAAAAGCGAGAAAAAAGUGGCGGUACACAACACUAGUGCCUGCAGUGCCAAAAAGUACCAAUAUUGGUGCUUUUAUGAUGAGAUGGUGAAAAAUAAGGCAAAUUUUAUGGUCAGAGGAGUCACACUGUUUACAGAAUUGCCUGUGGCUUUGAUGUGCGGAGUGAACGCUUUAUGCACCUCAUCGCACUCCAUCAACGUUGACAACUGGCUGGAAUUCUAUUUUGGCGACCCUGUCAUCUUAAAAUUCCGUUUCGCCAUACACGACUUGGUGAACCGCUCUAUGAUCAAUCCCUGGCAUUCUUUUGAUCAUCUUAAUAAGGUUGUAACAGAAACGCUUACAAAAAUCAUGGAUUUGGAGGAAAAACACUCAGAUCUAGUCGUUCCUGAAAACAUUGGCGCAAAACCUAAAUUUUUACACAAAGUCUUGCGAGCCAACGAAUACAAAAAGAAACAAUACAAUAACUAUGAAAACCCUCAAACGAAUAAUAUAGGGAGAAACAGGAACGAUUGGAUGGAGUACCACAAACAAGGCCGAACGCCUAAAAGAUUUAUACCUCCGAACAUGAAAUAUACACCUCAAGCAUCAAACGCUGCGAGAAACUUGAAUUUUGAUUACUCUGGCAAUACAAAUAAUUACCAUGUAAUGCAGAACUUUCAAAACAUUGCUUUGGAUCAUGAGGAAGGAUCUCCGUCCGCCGCCACUGCUCUCCUCAGAGGUCUUCAGGUUUAUGACGACGAAGCGGGAUCUUCCGUCGGUUGUUAUGACAACAGAGGAUCAGUGCCGGUCCAUAAAAAUAACGGUAGGUAUAGAGUUUCGAGAAGAAAGAAAUAUAUCUACAAUGGAUAUUCCCAGCCGCGUAUGAUUGUAAAGCAUUAUCCCCUUCCCAUGGAAUGCUGCGAUUUUUCGACAACAGCCAGCCUCACACAAGAACAUUUGGAAAUGGCAGUUCGUCCCUUAUUAGAUCAGAAUCAAAAUUAUCAAUUCAAUGAUAAUGUUGGUUCUUUGGUUCCCACUCAACACAAGGAACAGUUUUACCAGCAACUCUAUCCAACCGCCAAGGAAAACGCCAAUUUAAGGAUUUAUCAUUCUACUAUAUCUGACAGAUUCCAAGAUUAUAUUGACAACCCGAUUUUCAUUUUUAUCAGAGCCAACGAGAAGAGAAACAUAGAUAUUGCUCAGAGUUGCAACAAGUGGGUGUUUUCGCCACAGACUGAGAAAAAAGUGUUGUAUCUUGCCGGGAAAGGAAAGUUGGUCUAUCUGGUUUUCUACGUCAGAGAAUUGAACAUGUUCAUGGGUAUUGCGCAGUAUAAAAACUUGAAUAUAGGAAAGAAUUUUAGCAAACCGACAGCAAGCAUCGCGUGGACCUUUACCAGUCCAGUUCAUCGCAAUAAAACAAAGCAUUUACACAACCCGUACAAUUUUGGAAAACCGAUCUUCGACGCCCAAGAUGGCAUGGUGAUACGCCAAGAUAUAGGAGAAGAGUUAAUAAGAAUUUACAGCGAAACGGAGAGACAUAAUUAAUUUUUUGUUCUAAAUCACUCUUCACCUUAUUUUACAUUUAUUUUUUAUCGAUUUAUUUUUGCA